AUGCGUGUUCCCUCUCUUCUUGGCGUAAUUAGUACGUUGCCGUUCCUUUUUGGAAUGGCCGAGGCUGGUUGUAAUGAGGUUGGCCAUGGCGAAGGUAACAAUCCUUUGCGGUGCAAGUCUUACAGUAUCCCAAAAGACAUCGGCUCGAAAACCACGGUCGGACUUCAGACUCUUUCGAUCGAGAGGACAUCACCUCCGCCAAUUUUCGAACCAAUUUGGACUUACUAUGACUUUCACAACAUUGUGAACUACCAAGUGAACUUUGCUGUUCAAUGGUGGAACCCGGUAACUAAAGCGAACUCGUGGGCGAGCUAUAGCUUGGCGCCAGGAGAGAAGUGCAACCUCAACUUCCGUUCGACGCUGCAAAACGUUAAGCUCACAUGUUGA